GUCUAAUAAACACAAAAGGUGGUUUUAUUGGUUAGGUAAAUCCAGACGCACUGAGCCAACAAAACUAUAAUUGGAAGCUGCCAUUAUUGCCUUUUGAGCACCCACGCCAAUUCCGGCCAACGCGCUUGUUUUGCCCUUGCUUUUCAAACUAUUUUCUGCACCACUUCCCUCUUCUUCCUGUUCCCUGAAUAGAUCUGCCCAGUUUCGUGCUAUCGGCGUUGUUCUGUAUGCGCGCGCGGCGAGGAACUGCGAAAUUCUCCACUUGAAUCAACCGGUUAUGCGGACUGUUGUCGUGUGUGGUGCACUUGCCCGCAAAUGGGGCCAAUAUACUACAUACUGAUAGCACUGCCUUGUACGAUUGGGGCAAUGACGUUGGCAAUCCUCCACAUUCACAAACAUCUCUUGAAUUAUACAGAGCCCACAUACCAGAGAUACAUUGUCCGCAUUAUCUUUAUGGUUCCUGUGUAUGCAUUGAUGUCUUUCUUAUCCUUGAUCAUAAAUAAGGGUGCAAUUUACUUCAAUUCAAUCAGAGAAAUAUAUGAAGCCUGGGUCAUCUAUAACUUUUUGUCACUGUGCUUAGCAUGGGUUGGAGGUCCAGGAGCUGUUGUGUUAAGUCUGACUGGAAAAGUUAUGAAGCCGAACUGGUGUUUGAUGACGUGUUGCUUUCCUCCAAUUCCAUUGGAUGGGCGCUUUAUACGAAGAUGCAAACAGGGGUGUUUGCAAUUUGUGAUCCUCAAGCCCAUUCUUGUCACAGUUACUUUUAUACUAUAUGCAAAAGGGAGAUAUGAAGAUGGGAAUUUCAACCCAAGGGAGUCCUAUCUUUACCUCACCAUAAUCUAUACAAUCUCGUACUCUGUGGCACUUUACGCCUUGGCUUUGUUUUACGUGGCAUGCAGGGAUUUGCUUCAGCCUUUCAACCCAGUACCUAAGUUUAUUAUAAUCAAGUCUGUUGUAUUUCUUACUUAUUGGCAGGGUGUUCUCGUUUUUCUUUCCGCAAAGUCUGGACUAAUAAAAGACACAGAGGAAGCUGCUGAGUUUCAAAAUUUCAUAAUUUGUGUUGAGAUGCUUAUUGCUGCCAUUGGUCACCUAUAUGCUUUCCCCUACAAAGAAUAUGCCGGUGCAAAUAUCGGUGCUAGUCGUGGCCUUACAGCAAGCCUUGCGCACGCUCUCAAAUUAAACGACUUUUACCAUGAUACUGUACACCAGUUUGCGCCAACCUAUCAUGAUUAUGUGCUGUACAACCAUGGGGAAGGUGAUGAAGGGGCUAGAAAGUAUCGGGCCCGCACUUUUGUUCCAACUGGCCCGGAAAUGGAUACAGUUAGGAAAAACAAGCAUAUGUUUGUAAAUAAGGCGGAUGAAGUGCAGUUAUCACAAAAUCAAGCUCCUCAACUGAAAUCAGAGGCCCAAUACUCAUCAUUGCUGAGGGAUACUUCUGCUUCUGUGCCUUACGAUCUUAACCUAAUUGACAUCGACAUUUCAAGUUACCCAACUAAUGCACCUUCCCGAACAAGAUGACACGACUGUCGAGAAAAUCGAGUCUUUAGAUUUCUCAUCUUUUUGUUUUGAUGUUAACUCUUUCUUGUUUGGUUGCUGACUUUAGGUUUUGUAUAUGUAAGUGGACUAUUUAUUAUUAUUUUUUUUUUAUUAUUAUUUUUUUUUACCUUUUCCUGCAGUCAUAGGAAUUAGGUGAAGAAUGAGACUGUUACUUGCAGUUGUGCUGUAGAUGCAAUCAUUAUUCUCGGCAAUAUUGCCAAUCGAAAUUAGGGGAGUUUGAUUUGCAUUGAAAUUACAUUUUGCCAUUUGAUUUUAUGUCU